UGCAUUAUUUAUAUUAAAGUAUUUAUGAUUACAUUAUAUACGAUGGAUCCACUGUGGCUGUCGGAUGCAGCUCGCCCAUUUCUGCCUGACAAGCAAAAUUCAGGGACAACGACAAAGAAAUCUUUCCAACAAACCCGGAAAAGAAGAGCGGAAGAUUAACACUGCUGUAAAAACAGAAGGGCGCCACGGAAUGCCUGAAAUAAACUUAAUUAUGGCUAUUUUGUAACAUGAGUACGCGUUCUAAUGAAAUUAAUUUGGUCACGUUCACGUCGAGGAAGUUAAAGGUGACGUGAGAAAAAAAAAAAUACAAAAUCAGCAACUCCGAAUGCGCCUCAAUACACCUCUGGAGCACUGGAAAGUGGAUUACAAAAUGUCUGCAUAACAAUUAAAAAGCAAAGAGCACUAAGUAUCCAUUCUGUAAUGAUUACCUAGCGUCUUUCAAAAUGUGCCAACUCGAACAUUCCUAGCAGUGGUGUUUUCCUGCUCUCUGGGAAAUGAGCUGACUGUGGAUCAGGGCUUCCAGCAACAAAACACAAUGGCCAGAAUAUCCUGGUAUCAAGAGAAGAUUGGAGCCUACGAUCAACAAAUCUGGGAGAAGUCUCUGGAGCAGACCGAUUUAAAUGGUUUGGACAGCAAGCCCAGGAAGACCGGCCACAUCAAGUCAGAUCUCAUCGACGUCGACUUAGUCCGAGGCUCCACGUUCAGCAAAGCCAAACCGCAGAGUCCCUGGACGGCGUUGACUCGCAAGGGUUUGGUCCGCGUGCUGCUUUUCCCCUUCUUUUUCCCGUGGUGGAUCCAGGUCACCUCCAAGUCCAUCUCCUCGUGCAUUCUGCUGCUCUACUUUAUGCAAGUGGCCGCCGUGGUGCUCUAUGUGGAAGUCCCCGGGGCGAGUGCCAGUGAGGCGUUCGGGCCCUUGUGUCUAAUGCUGCUGCUGGGCACCGUGCACUGCCAGAUCGUGUCCACCGAGUGCAGCCGCUGGCCCUCGGGCGGUCCAGCCGCCGGCAACGGCAACAGCGGCAGCAGUCCGGCCCGCAGGAGGAGGCCCAGGAAGGGCAGGGCCCAGAAGAAACUGGAUGAGAAGAAUGAGAGCGAGGAUAAGGAGCCGCAACUCCCAUCGCCGUUCGAGGAAGUCCAGCGAGCGAAGAGAAAGAGCAAAAGAAAGUCUGGCUUCGGCGCGUCGGACGAGCUCUCGAGUGAGGAAGAGGAGGGCGUGCAACCAGUGGACGUGAUUCCCGCCGUUCCCUGGCCGCCAUCCGCGCCGCCAUCUUCCGUGCGCUCCAGAAAGUCCACCACCAAAGCUGCAGUCCGGCCUCAGGAAGGAGCUGGGGCCUUCAAGGCAAAGCCGCGGGAAGUGGAGCGCCUGCGACCCGGCGCGGGCUCCCGGCCGGCCUCCGACACCGACGACACCAUGUGGGAGGAGCUCCUCCAGGGCCCCGACUCCGCCUCCACGGGGAGCAGCGACAGCGAGGGUAACGGGCGGUUCGCGGGCGGCCUGGCGCUGCAGCAGACCACCACGCUGAGCAGCGAUGCCGAGAGCCUGCAGCAGGGCAUCGCAGGGCACCAGCUGUCCUGGCUCCAGGCGUGCCACCCUUCCAGGGACCGAGUCAGCGCCAUCAUCUGGGAGCUGGGCGAGUGUAAGAAAGCGGAUAUGUCCGUGCUGGAGAUCAGCGGGAUCAUCCUCACCCGGGUGAAGCUUGCGGAGCAAGGCGUGGGCUACCUGGUGUUCGGCGGGCUGGUGACGGCCACGCUGGCACUCCUCCCCUUCGCCUUCCGCCUGGCGCAGCGUCUGGACGUGUCCAGCCUCGGCUCGCCGUCGGCGGCCGAGCUCCUGGAGAUUGCCUUUAGCCCGGCCAGCGCGCACACUUACGCCUUCUUCUUCAUCACCACCGUACUCAGGGUGUGCCUCACGGGACUCUUCUUCUUCAUGAUGUGCGUGGCCGAGAGGACCUACAAGCAGAGACUUUUAUUCGCCAAACACUUCAGCCACCUGACGUCUGCUCGCAAGGCCAAGAAGUCUGAGAUCCCUCACUUCCGGCUGAAGAAGGUGCAGAACAUCAAGAUGUGGCUCUCCCUGCGCUCCUUCCUCCGGAGGCGAGGGCCGCAGCGCUCCGUCGACGUCAUCGUGUCCACCAUUUUCCUCCUCGCCCUCUCCAUCUCAUUCAUUAUCUGUGCGCAGCUUCUGCAGAGCCACAAGACCUUCCUGGACUCGCUGACCAACUGGGAGCUGAUGCUGUGGGCCUCGUCGCUCGUGCUCUUCCUGCUUCGGCUCGCCACGCUGGGCUCCGAGACCAACUGCAAGUACAGCAACUCCUCGGUGCUGCUCACUGAGCAGAUCAAUUUGUAUCUGAAGAUCGAGAAAAAGCCCAACAAGAAAGAGGAGCUCAACAUUGUGAACAACGUCUUGAAACUGGCUACGAAACUGAUGAAGGAGCUGGACAUGCCGUUCCGCCUUCUCGGCUUGACGGUCAACCCGCUCAUUUACAACAUCACCAGGGUGGUCAUCUUGUCGGCCGUGUCCGCCGUGGUCAGCGACCUGCUGGGCUUCAACAUCAGACUGUGGAAAAUCAAACCUUAAUGUGAACACAGCAAAAGGACUUUUUGGCUUUUAAAGCAGAGAAAGGACACACGUGCAACACUACUGACCGCCCGCCGCGUGGCAUCGCCCCCCCCCCCCCCCCCCCCCCCCCUUUGAAUGUGGUUUAACAUAACAGGAAAGUGAAAUACUGUACAGUCAACUGAGUUAUAACACAUGCUACUUAAUGCCAUUAAUUGAACACAGGUGGGCAUCUUAAGGGUUUUUUAUUUAUUUCAGGUUCUAGCACUUAUGUAUUCAUAGACUAUGACCACUAUCUGCCUUCUCCAUCGAGGACCACUGUCAUGAAUUGAACUAUGCAAGUAUGGAUUGUUUAACGCUCCUGCUUAUGUUCCUCUCUUAGCUUUACCAACGAUGCUGUGUGUUUAUCCAUCUGUCCGUUUUCUGAAGCGCUUGUCCUCAUGAGGGUGAUGUCACAGGUGAGCGGAAGCAUAUCCCCGCUGAGAAGUGAUCGCCGGUCUGUCACAAAGCACAUCACGACGAACGACCAGUCACACCUAGGGACAAUUUAUAGUCGUCGAUAAAACACGCGUGCUUGUUUUUGGAAUGUCGGAGGGAGUCAGCGAAAACAGCUCUAUUUUUUAAUCAAUACAUUGAAGGUUAUGUGGGGUCACUGACGGUGUAGUAGUUCACUCGCCUGGCUUCCAUGAAGGCAGCAUGUUUUUCACCUCUAACGGUAAAGCAGCCUAGAAAAUGGAUGGAUGGGAAAUGUUAUGGAACAUGUAUAGAUUCACGAAAUGAUUUCUUUUUGGAACGUGAACUUGCAAGCGGGUCGCAUUCGUCUGUGAACAUUUUUGGUGCAGCAAAGAAACCAACAUGACAGGAGAGUUAAUGCAGGGUUGGGGGAACCACUUCAGCUUUGUUUUUUGUCUUUACUCCAAAUGUAUGAAAGAAAUAUGAUUUUAUUGUACGAGGAUUUGUGUUGACAAAUUGGGACUUUUUGCAAUAUCAGUUCCUCCAUUUGUUUUUAGAAUAUGGACCAGAAAAGGCUUCGUAAAAUAAAAUGUUUCAACUCCG